AUGGCAACCUCCAUCUGGCCUAAUUGCUUUUCUGCCGCUGUGGUGGCAAACGGCAUGGUGAACCUGUACCGUUGGUUCAUCGAAGCCCUCCCAGGAAAGCUCAAAGCGAGAGUGAAGACAGCUAGCCAAUAUGUUGCGGCGUUUGUCAACGUCCUGGUGUAUGCGGUGGUCCACUGGACAAUGAGAUAUUGGCGGAAGUUCAGAGGUCCAUCUCCAGUGCGGUAUUGGCUUGGACGAAUGCACAAUGCGACCACGUUUGAGGAGUGGGAGGAGGCAGCGCAACGCGUUGAUGCCCUUCUGGAUCUCAAUAUCUGGAGGCAGGAAGAUAAACACCCAGAGUAUGACUACCGCCUGAUUCAUCAGCGUAUGGCAGCCAUGAAAGAAGCGCACGACAAGAAUGACCUUCCCACAUUGUUCAACCUCCUGCGGUCGGGCCUCAUCCGGAACCUGGGCAACAUAACGUCCAAAGAAUUGUACAAUGGCGCCUUUGCUGGAACCAAGGAUCUGAUUGAGGACUAUAUCGGGCAGUUUCUCCUCUUCAUUGACGACAUUGUUGAGAUGAACAAGGGGCCAUAUCGGGUCCUCAAACGAGGGCGUGUUCCGUUUGCCAGCCUGGAGGACUCUGAUACCCCUGAAAGCAGCGCCGAGAACAAGCCUCGCGACACAGGUGAGCUUAAGGUUGACAUCCCGCCAACGGAAAAGGUCAAUCUCUUUCAUGGCUGGCGACAGACAUAUGGCCGCACCGCUCUCGUACUCCAAGGAGGGUCCCUUUUCGGAUUCUGCCACCUUGGAGUGGUCAAAGCACUCUUCCUCAGGGGUCUCCUUCCCCGCGUUAUCGUUGGUACAGCUACUGGUGCCAUAAUGGCAGCGUUGGUGGCCGUCCAUUCGGAUGACGACCUCCUCCAGGUGCUUAAGGGAGAGAGUAUCGACCUGUCCGCUUUCAAACGCAAAAAUGCAGAGCCGUCCGGCGAUGGUUGGCUCUCGACGACGUGGCGAAGGCUCAAGCGCUACGUGAGAAAAGGUCACUUCCUUGACUCGGAGGUUCUCGAGAAGUGCGUUCGAGACAACAUUGGCGAUGUGACUUUCCAAGAAGCAUACGAACGGAGCAAGCGGGUGCUCAACAUUACAGUGGUGACAGAUGAGCAAGACAGGAUCCCCAGGGUGCUGAAUUACCUCAAUGCUCCCAAUGUGGUCAUCUGGUCCGCUGCGGUGGCCUCAAAUGUCUCCUCUGGUAGGAUAUAUGGCCCUAACCGCGGGCCCCGGAUUCUCUGCAAAGACAAAUAUGGCAGAGUAGUUCCAUGGAGACCAAUGCUGAAUAGUCCCUUCUUCCACUAUUUGAAGGGUACUUACCAAGGCCGCAAUGCUCCGCUUCAGCGUAUGGCCGAGUUGUUUGGGGUCAACCACUUUGUCAUCAGUCAGGCACGCCCGUAUCUCUUGCCUUUCCUGCGGCCCGAGGUCCAUGGUCCUCAAAUUGAGAAGCGACAGCCAUGGCCGAUGCGCGCUAUCUCCUUCGCGCUAAAACUUGGUGUCUUGGAAAUGCGAUAUCGGCUGCGGCAACUCGACAGGCUAGGAGUCAUGCCACUUCCCGUUCGCCGGUUCUUGGUGGAUGAAGAUGUUCCGGGAGACAGCUUGACAUUGGUGCCCUCCAUUGAGCUGAAGGAAUUCGUGGGUCUUCUUGGACGACCUACUGCGGAGUCUAUCAACGACUGGAUCCUGAAAGGCGAACGAAGCGUCUGGCCCUCAAUGACAGCUCUUGAGGUCCGUCUAGCUAUAGAGAUGAAGCUCGAUAUGGCAUAUGAGAGAGUCCGGAAGGAAUAUUCCCGGGAGGUCAACAAAUCCCGGCGUAAGGACAAGAAGGGCAGUGAUGACGAUGGCCUAUCUUCCAAGCGGAAGAAGAAGGGUAGUGGGGAUGACAAAAAGAAGAAGGGAGAAUAUUAG